AUCGCCUUCUGUGGCAACAAUAUAACUCUGCACAUCGAUAAUUCCAGCAUUUUAUCAGACUCAUUGAUAAGUGUGACAAUGAAGUCUCUAACUUUCUUCUGCCUGCUGGCUCUCUGUGGCUCUCUGGCCUCUUGCAAACCCACUUCUGAGAAGAAGGACAGGGUGCGUCAUUCGGUUGACAUUGGCGAACGGGACCCCGAGGAUCAGAACGGCUACCAGUUUGAUCAUGAGGCCUUCCUGGGAAAGGAAACAGCCAAAACCUUUGAUCAGCUCACACCAGAGGAGAGCAAAGAGAGAUUGGGAAAAAUUGUUGACCGGAUUGACCAGGACAAAGAUGGCCUGGUAACCAAGGAAGAGUUAGUCACCUGGAUCAAGCGUGCACAGAACAGGUACAUCGAUGAGAAUGUCAAUAAGAACUGGAAGGAAUACGACAGUAAUCGGGAUGGGAAGGUGUCAUGGGAGGAGUACAAGAACGCAACAUAUGGGUACUAUGAAGAUGAAGCCUUCAAUAAUGUUGAUGACAAGGAGGCCUACAAAAGGAUGUACAAGAGAGACGAGCGUAGAUUCAAGAUGGCGGACAAAAAUGGCGACCUGAUUGCCACACGGGAGGAGUUCAGCGCAUUCCUUCACCCUGAGGAGUUUGACUACAUGAAGAACGUUGUUAUCACGGAAACCAUUGAAGACAUUGACAAAGAUGGUGAUGGAAUGGUUGAUAUCAAAGAAUACAUCAGUGACAUGUAUACACCUGAGGAAGAUGGGCCAGAGCCUGAGUGGGUAAAGAAUGAAAAGGAGCAGUUCCGAGACUUCCGUGACAUAAACAAGGACGGAAAGCUGGACCGCAAUGAGAUCGAGCAUUGGAUCCUUCCUGGAGACUAUGAUCACACAGAAGCAGAGGCCAAACAUCUCAUCCAUGAGUCUGAUAAAAACGAGGAUGAUAAAUUGACAAAGCAAGAGAUUUUAGACAACUGGAAUAUGUUUGUUGGCAGCCAAGUGACCAAUUAUGGGGAGGAUCUGACACGGAAACACGAUGAGCUGUGAUCCUUGAUGCACUAUUUCCCGUCAAUGAACCCAUCGGAAUUGGCACCAAUCAAAGGAAUUGCAUUUUAAUUCUGUCUAACCCAAGACAUGACUAAUUUUGAAUUGUGAUCAAAAUUAUUAAUUGUAUUUAUUUAACUGAUUCUUUAACCCUCCUCAUGUGGGACUGAAUUUUCCAUCAAGUUAACCUUCCCACCCCUUGUUUUCCCAAAAAAGAUUGGAUCUUGACAUUCUGUUGGUGCAGAACACCACACAGUGCCCAUCUAACUGCCCCAACAACUAGAAAGCCAUGUGAGCUCCCUGUAUUGGAAUAAAUCUGACACCUGUUUUAAUUGGGAGGUUUGCAAGUGUAUUUAUCCCAGCAUGGUGUUUGAAUUCUAGAGGAAAAUGUCCUUUUUUUUUCGUUUGUUUUGAGCAUCCCUUCACCAGCAGGGAAAUAUUUUCCAUUUUUGUUUUCUGUGGGAGGUGAAAUUUGCUCCAUCCUGUUCUAGUUUGACAUUAGCCAAUGUCUUUUUUUUAAAAAUUGAGGACUAACAGCCCACAAAAGGCCCUAUAACAAAAGCCGAAUCUUUUAAAGGAAGCAUACAACUUUUAAAUUGGAGUCACUUUGAGGGUGAUCUUAUUCUACUGCAAGUGCUGAAGCCAAAGGUGAGCUUGAUGGAAAAUUCAUUUCUCACUGUAACCAACCUGAUCCCUGGCAGGUGAAAUCUGGGAGUAUUCAAUCUAGGAAGAGUGUUUUUAUCCCCAUGUUUAAUGAGUGGUGCUCCCAGCACCUAGCUAUUUACUCACUUAAUGCAGUACCUUUUUUUUUCUUUUCCUUGAUGGGAUAUCUUCUUGGAUUUAUUUUGU